CCUCACCCCGCGAUGCGCGACUUUGACUCUUCUCCCAAUCAUAUCAACAACGUCAACGUCGUCGAGGAAGAACCACACGACGACACAAUCCCAACUAUUGACGACAUCACUGCGCUGUUGAAGGUAGAGGCGACGACGCCCACCGCAACGAUGGCGACGAGCACACCGUCGCAGGCUGGCUCACCGUGGCCGGCUCGUUCCUCGUCUACUUCGUGUCCUUUGGCUAUAUGAACAGCUUCGGGUACUUCCAGGACUACUACCUCGGCCAUAGUCUGGCUGGGUACCCGAGCUCGGUCAUCGCAAUCAUCGGCUCCCUCCAGCUCGGUCUCAUGAACCUCAUUCAACCUGUCGCCGGUGGCCUCGCCGAUUCCUAUAGCCCGAGCAUUCUCUAUGCUGUCGCGGCUGUCGGAGCGACUGUAUCGAGCAUCGGUGUCUCGUUCGCCCAGCCAGGUCAUAUUUGGCACUUCAUUCUCACACAGGGUGUCAUCUUCGGAGCGACCGCAGUGUUUGGUACGGCAGUCUCUUUGCCUCUCGCCAGUCAACACUUCACAAGACGACGUGCAUUGGCCAUCGGUAUUGUCGCCAGUGGAAGCAGUGCUGGCGGUGUCUGCCUCCCCAUCAUGUUCUCUCAUCUUGUGCCUCGGAUCGGCUUUGGCUGGGCUUUGCGGAUCGCUGCGCUAAUUGCUCUGGUAUGCUACGGGAUAGCCAUUGUAGUUUCCCGGCCCAAGCUGCCUCGCAAGCCUGUCAAGUCUAUCUGGUCGAUCGUUGACUUCAACGGCUUCAGCGAUCCCCGAUACUCCACGCUGGCGCUUGCUAAUGUGGUUGGCAACUUUGGACUUUACGUACCGUUCUACUACCUAGAGCCGUACAUCGCGAUUCACCACCCGGGAGCCGCGGUGAGGAACUACCUUCUCCCGCUCAUCAACGGAUCGAGCUUCUUCGGCCGAGUGAUUGGCGGAUACGUUGCCGAUCACACGGGUGGAUUGAACCUCCUCUAUCCACUGACGGCAAUUUCAGGCAUACUCUGCCUCACCUUGUGGCUUCUAUCCACCAGUGUCAGCAUGAUCGUAGCCUUUGCCUGCUUAUACGGUUUCUGCUCGGGAAUCUUCAUCAGCGUCACACCAUCUGUGACUGUCAGGCUCUCUCCGGAGGACAAGGUUGGUGCCCGGCUGGGUGCAUUUUCCAUCUGGAGUGCAAUUGGAGUCUUCACCGGCACGCCCAUUGGCGGAGCUUUCGUUCGACAAGGAACGCCGGAAGAGUAUCAACACCUAAUCAUCUUCACCGGCAUGUGCCUGACCGCCUCAGCUGUUUUGCAAUUUGUGGCGCGUAUCCUCUGUGAUAGAAACCUGCGCAAGAAGUGGUAGAAUACUUCUGCCGUCGCCGAAAAACGGCCAGGCAACAUAAGUCUAGCCUGGUUUGUGCCAAAGGAGCGAGCCGGGAUUCGAAUUUGGGAGCUGCUUUUAUCGUUGAGGAUCAGGGGAGCAUAUGGGGAACAGUGGAGUGCAAGAGAAGUCAAGGCGGAUCUACGCCAGGCACGAAGUUGGCGAUGGAGACAGGAGGCGGUCUACAGAUAUGACGUUGGGAGAAAUUGGCAGGGAUUGGAAUGUUGAGUUGGUUUACGGCCAUGCAUCAGCCCUUUGCUCUGGUUCGCUUGGGGUGGAACGUUGAGGGGAUGGCAUCCGCGUCGAUCGGCGGGACGGAAUCAUCCGACCUAGAUAGAAUAAAAACCAUCCAAACCAUACAUACCAUCUAUGAAGUCUGCAUAAGGUACGGACAGGGACGUUGAAACACAAUAGGUUAACAGCUGCUAAUCUAUGGUCGACUGAAUUGUGGUAGAUAGAAUCCUGGUCGAUGUUAC